GCUGAGCGCACGCCGCGCCGCGCACUCACACCACGCACCCGCCGCAAUGAUGCGGCGCGGGUCGAUGGCAAUGGUCGGGGGCGGCGAGCCGCUGAUCGUGGUGGAAGAAAGUGGCUCGGAGGACGCAGAGUCCUCUCCCCGCUCGUAUGCACCAGCUCGCGGCCUCUCCGUCGAUCAGGAGUCACCUCCGGACCCUUAUCAUCUGUCCCCAUGGCGUGAUACACGCAAGCACUCACUGCCAACCCCAUCGUGCACCACCGGACCUACAGCUAGCCAGGUCCGGAGGCUGUCUGAGCGGGGUGAAAGCGCUGCCAGGGAAGCACGUGAAGCCGCGUUUCUGGCUACUCUAAGCCAAGUCACGCCACAACCAGGCGGCCGAAGACAUUCCGUAGUAACAAUAUCGCGAGUGCCCCAAGCUUUGUUUGGACGGGGUCGCCGUGAGUCUAUAGCUGCAUUUCCGGCUUUAUCUCGCCGUAGAGACUCUGGCUCCAAAAAAUGUCCACCGGCCACUGAUACACUUGGCAGUACUCAUAAUCUGCAGCUUGAUAUUAUGGAUGAUAUUGUUCAAGCUCGCAAAGUGCGUAUGCGUUUAUGGAAUACAUCUAACGAGCGUGUGUGCGAAGUACAACCUCUUGACGAGCGAUCGCCCAUCAGCGGCUCCGUAAGAUACACAAACCGUGGCCGUAGACAUUCUGACUUCGUGGGUUCACCUCUGCCGCCGAUACCCGCACGUCGCCGCGCGUCUGAGAUGCCUCCAGCACCGCCCAUUCCACCGCGCUCUGGUGCUGGCGUCGUAUGCACAGACACAGAUCUCCAUCUCAUGCUCAACGCUCUCACGUCGUCUGCCACAGAAAUAGAUCGCUGCGGCAAACCUGAACGCACCAGACGCCUAGCUGAUAUGCGCUCUGUCAGUUUCGACGCCUCCACUCUCCGAGAUAACCCCACAGAUUCUGGUACCACAUGGUUCACUAGACGACACCAAACAUUAGCUACUAAAAAGAAGGAAAGCGAGGCAAAAAAAGGAAAAGUCACCUUUGCUCCUGAUUCGAAACAAGGCGAUGUCGCUGCCGUAGUUUGGGAUAAACCAUCAGGGUCGGUUGUGGAUGCCAGUGCACUCGGAAGUGCAAUAGAAGUGUUUCUUAGAAAGAGCGGUGCCGUGGCUGGCGAUCCCGGCUCCUCUUCUUCAGGUAUAACUACUGUAAAGGAGAUUGGCGAGGUUCGAACGAAACCUCGAGACAUUCCAGGGACAAGCCGUACUGCGGGACGUUCUGAUGGAGAGCGCUGGUAUACAAACAGGCCCGAGGAGGAGGAACCGGCGGAGGGUUGCGAUGCGACUCUUUGCUCAUCAUUAAAAGACCUUUUCGUGUAGACGCAAUUACAGCGUUUAAAACUCUUGUAAAUUAUUAAUUACCUAUAGUUGUCAAAUACAGGCUCGUUUCUUAAAGAACGAGUGAGAAGUAGGUACGAUCGUGUUACGUACCAAUACUUUAUGAAUCUUUCAAUGUGAUAGACUACGCGCCUGCGCCGGUCGUCCUGAGUCGACUCACGACCGACGCGUGCUUCGCGUAAAAUUAUUUUUAGAGUAAAUUCUAUUUUCAUUGUAAAUUUUUUGAUAUUAGCGAAUCAAAAUAUUAAAUUAUUGUUAGAUAGAGAAUUAUAUUUGUGAUCAAGAGGCGCGCGCUUUCCACGCCGAGUGCAAUCUCCCACCGCGCGCCUGACCCUGCCCCGUCUCGUUCGACAAUCUGUGUCUUGUAAUCCAGUGUUACCAUUAAAACAAUUAAAACUUUAUCAUAUAGCAGAAAAUUAUGGAGAAGACGUUGGGAGAAACGUACGCUUAAUAGAAAAAGGCGACUACUAGUCGUCUUUUAUCCAAUAAAAUUUUUAUCGAUGUUAUGUGGUAUUUUCAUUGCGUUACUGUUUAUUUUGUU